AUGAAUAAUACUACAACAUCUCCACUUCAUAAUUAUGUGAAUAUUCCUAGUUUACGUAUACUUAUUGCAGUUAUUUGUAUUAUUCUCUAUCUCAUUGGUUAUACUGGUUGUAUACUAUCAAUUGUAACAUUUAGCUCAAAAAAACUUCGUCGUCAUUCCACUGGUUUUUUAUUUCUUAUUAUGGCAUUGGUUGAUAUAUUUAAUUUAUUUGCUAGUUUACAAUAUUUUCUUAAUGUUAUCUAUGGUAUAGAUGUAUUUACAUUAUCUAUACAUUGGUGUCGAUUCUUUACAAUUUGUAAUUAUGAACUUUAUUUUGGAUUUUCUUGGAUAUUUGCUUUUAUAUCUCUGGAUCGUUGGAUGAAAGUUGAAUGGCCAACAAAAAGCCAUUCAUUAUGUACAAGAAAAAGAUUUAUUAUUUUAUGUUUAAUAGCAUUAAUAUUAAGUCUUAUACAAAAUAUAAUUUACGUAUUCGCAUGUUUCGAUGAUAAAUGUCAACACAAAAGAGUAUUUUGUGACAUAUUUAUACAUAUUAUUUAUAUAACUAUUUAUAUGAUCGUACCAAUUGCAAUUAUUCUUAUAUCAAUUAGUCGUACAUGUUUAAUAACACUUCAUCUAAAAAAACGUUUUCGUACAUCAACGCCACGACAAAUACUUGCUGCUAAACCUUCAAAAUCUUCGAUAGUUACAAAUUUAAACUCAACAGCUAAUAGUAAUAUUAAUUCAACAGCAGUAACAAGUCGUGUAUCAACUUCAUUGAUGAGUCCGCCAUCGACGACAACGAUUGUUAAUAAUACAAAUCAUUAUCAAAAGCAAAGUAGUCAAAAUCAUUUACCAAAUUAUGCAGCGAGUGUGCGUCCACGACGUUCCGGUUUAGAUACUCAAAUGAUUAUAUUAAUAUCAAUUAAUGUUGCACCAUUUAUUAUUGUUCAUAUUAUUACUGAAAUCGCAUAUCUAUUUGAAAAAUAUUCAGCAUUUGUUAAACAAUCAAACGUAACACGAUUAUUGAUUGUAAUAAUUUAUCUUUCGUGGUAUUUAAUAUCAGCAACACGUUUUUAUACAAAUUGUCUUCUAUCACGAAUAUAUCGAGAAGAAUUUAAAAAUCGAUUAUUUAUGUUAAGAAAUGGUUGUAAACCACGAAUUAUUCUAGUUGGACAUGGACAAUCAUAUCAACAUUCAUCAAGAUAUUAUAAAAGAAAUAUAAUUAAUGGACCUGAAAAUACAUUCGUGCCAGCAUCUAAUUUAAAAUCAUUUAUUGAGACAUGA